AUCAGAAAUAGUAAAUAUGAAAGCGAGAUGAGUUGUUUCUAAUGAAACAGCGAUUGGCCUGAUCCAGAUAAAGCGUAAUUGAAAAGAUUUCGCUGAUUUUGCCCGAAUGCAGUUCUGAUAUUCGCCUGUUAUUAUUUGUUAUUAUAUUUAUAGUGAUGUCGGAGAGUUUUGAGCGGGCUCCCGGGGCCGGCCGGGUCCGCAGCGGGCAGACGGACGGGCCCGGACCUAGUCAGCAGUAUAAGAGCGGACAUGCCGAAAUACCAGAUUUAGAGACCUCUCUGUUCACCCAGUGUGAACCGCUAAGGCAGCCGCGGACUUCACCGCCGCUGUCGGAGAGUGGUGGCACAGACGACAGAUCUACCAAAUCCUCGAAUUCUAUCCAAAGCAGCGGUAACACUCCUCCACUGAAGACACAGACAUCGGAGAUUCUUGCGAAGAAUUCCACACUGUCUGCAACGGCGCCCGAGUUCUACCCAACGCAAUAUACGCCCUAUGAGGAUGUGCUGUACGAGGAUGGUUCUGAGGUCUAUUAUUCCUCAUUGGCCGACUUAGUGCAGGACAUCCUCAGCCAUCUGAACUCGUCUCCUGGUUCGUUUGAGUUUGAGAUUGAGAAUAUAACGGCCACUCUCAACGAGUGGGUGACCACAGAGGAGACGCUGCAGGAGUUGGUUGAGCUCAUCUUCACUCAGUCGACGUCUAUCCCGAACUUCUCCUACACAGGUGCGCGACUCUGCAACCAUCUGGCUCAGCACCUGGCUCUGAGUCCUUCCAGUGGGAACUUCAGACAGCGCCUGCUCAUAAGAUGUCAGAAGGAGUAUGAGCAGAGGGAGCAGGCGGCGUGUGGAGCUGAGGAGACGCAGAAACAGUUUCACUCAUUCGUCUUGUUUCUUGGGGAGCUCUACCUCAACCUGGAGGUGAAGAGUUCGAAAGGCCAACCUCAGCGAGCAGAGAUAUUGCUGAGCGCGUUGAGGGAGUUGAUGAACACUCUGUUCUCCCACCCUGUGGAUGCAAAUCUUAUUUGUGCUGUCAAACUGCUGAAGCUGACUGGUUCGGUUUUGGAGGAUGCCUGGAAAGCGACUGAGAAGACGGACAUGGAUCAGCUGAUGAAGAAGAUUGAGGAAAUCCUCCUGGAUGCUAAGUGUAGCCGAGACGUGAGGCACAUGCUGCUUCGAUUGGUGGAGCUGAGGUCCAGUGACUGGGGGCGGGUCCACGCGGCGGCUGCGACCAGUGAGGCCACGCCCUAUAACGACCCCAACUAUUUCAUGAACGAGCCAACGUUCUACACUGCAGACGGGACCCCCUUCACCGCCGCAGACCCCGAUUAUUCUGAAAAAUACCAGGAGAUUUUGGAUCGAGAAGACUACUUCCCUGACGUCUACGAGGAAAAUGGCAAUGAGGCGUUGUAUGCUGAAGAGGAGAUGGACCCAGAGAUGGAAGAAGCAUUUGAAAAGUUUUGCAUUGAGUCUGAGAGGAAGAGAAAAUCGUGAGGUUAAAAGGAGCUUCGGACUGGAUCGACACGACUGAUCUGUUUUUACAUUCAACCUGCUGCAAAGUGUGCAAACCAUAAAAGAAAGCGAAGUUUAGCUGAUUUUCAUUUAGACUUUAAUGACGUGUGUGUGUGUGUGUAUAUGUGGCAAUUUUGUUACAGGUUACUUUUUCGCUGGGAUUUCUCUAUUUUGAAACAAUGACAAUCGGUGAGUCAGUUCAUCAGGAGAAACAGCGCCAGCAGGUUCUGGGUUUGACAUUUUGAGUUGUGGAGUUCAUCAUUUAUGCUUGUUUUGAUUGUCUAAAAUCCUCUGCUCUCUGAGCACCAGAGGGAACAUAAACAGUUUGCAGUGAGUUAUUAAAGAGAACACCAGACUAUUGUCACCAGCUGUGAGUGUAGUUCUGAUAACUGACUAAUAAUGUCAAUUGUCAGAGACAAACCAGACCAUUCGGCUGCAAGAGGCAUGAUGGGGGAGAUUACCCAGCAUGCUUGUCUAUCUAAUCCAUCAUCGCUGGAGGUGGAGGCCAUUUUAGUUUAGGUUUGUCUGGUCCUGCCCUGGGUGCUUUAGGGUGACAGCGCUUUGUAGCAGUAAAAAGAUCUUUAAAAUGUGAAAGAGGGCAUUAGCCAAAAUCUUCAAAGGAAGUCAGAACAUGAAAUGAUGACGCUUUGGGUUCAGAAACAAAAGAAGUGGCUAGUUUUCUUUCUUCCUGUUUCAGGUUCAUUAUCGCCCAUUUUACUUUCACUGUGCACUCAGGGGAGAACUCUUCCCCACCUCCCAACAUAACCAAGGCUUUUAUUUGUCUGACGGAUGCCUCCCCCACGGAACAUGUGGUUUUUAGAAACGGGCCCCACCCACACUAUUUCACAUACAGAUAAUAACUUUUCUCCUCUCUCUCUCUCAAUCUUUAUACCAUCAGCAUCUCAUAAUUCACAUAAAAAGAAUGUUUAUUUUAUAGUUUUUGUAAAUAUUAUUCACAGUACUGUUUGCCUGCAAUAAAUCUUUAUAACAAUA